AUGGUGUUGGCAUCCAAGCUACCUCUGCCAGACGAAUGUAUUGAUCUCAUCGUCGCCUACCUGGUCGACCAGAGGCAAGCCCUCCAUGCCCUCGUCCUCUCCAGCCAAAAGCUCUUCCAACGGGCCGCUCCCGUCCUCUACCGUUCUCCCUUCCAGCUUAUCGAACGCUCCUCCCGUUGGUCUCGAGAUGAAAAGGAAAAACGGUCAACUGACCUCCUCGCCCUCCUCCUCACCUCCAGACUUCCCCAGCGCGACAUCCAUGUACAAACAACACCACCAACAAUAAUAAGAACAUCAACAGCAGCUCCAGUGACCACGUCAACAGCAAGACCCGCCACCCCUUUGGAUAUUCGUCGCUACCACCAGCUUCAAGUGCAACAAUACCAACGACAACAACAGCAACAGCAGGCCAUUGCCACUGUGGACUAUCUCAGAUUUUUCACACAACAGUACCAUGUCAACCUCUGGCGGCUACUGGCCCAUCUGAGGAUAUUGGCCCACGGAAACAGCGCCCUCCUUCUGGACGACAAAAAGAGCAUGUCUGAUCUGCAGACAGAUGUUUCUCACCUUCUAGUUCAAUACUGCCCAGAGGACGUCAAGGUCGUUGGUCAGCCCAUUGCUCGGAUCCCUGUCCUCCUGGUGCCCCACCUCCAAGAGCUUCGCAAUCUGGUCCGUCUGGAGCUCUCCGAGAUCCCUUACGGAUGCAAGAUCGAACCCGUCCUCGAGUUCAUUCGCGUCCACGAUGCCGUCCAUAGCACACUAAAGGAGAUCAAGAUCAAAGGCGGCGAGGACCUGAACCACCACCUGGAGCCAACCCAUAAACAGCUAGUGCGACUCGUCCAGGCCAUGCGCACAGCCCAAGUAGUCGAUGCAAGGCAUUGGAGGGAGGCGAUUCUGGUCCUGGAUGAUAUCCCUGUCGACUGCCUUCGGACCCUGAUCUUGGGCCUCGCCGACAUGCCACCAAACUACAUUUCGGCCUCAGGUUACCUGCAGCGAUGCGCCUACUUGGAAGAGCUGCGGAUGCCGGUACAGGAGGACAAGUUGUUUGCAUGGGCAGUGCUGGAACGCAAGAAGCUGAAACUGGACCAUCGCCCGACACUGUCGCGGUCGAAUUCUGCCUUUACCUCAGCAACAUCAACAUUACCUUAUGCGCCCUGGAUAUCACCACCCUCGCCUUGGCAAUGGGGACAACACCAACACCACUACCAGGAAUGGUCGUCACUAGAUCAGCCCUAUGGCGUGCCCCGAAUGCGGUCCCUUGAGCUCUUUGGUGAUGAUCAGGUUCUGAUGCCAGCUGUGCAAGAUGCAGUCGACGCCUUCCGAGAGACGCUCGAGUCGCUCAAGGUCAUGUCGAUGGCCACCAUGUCCAAGGAGUCGAUUUACGCCACCGUGCCUCUGAACUGGUCUUGGCCGCUCUCGAAGCUCUCCAUCCUGGAUCUGGAGGGCGAGGCAGCCUUGGCGUUCGAAUUUUCGGCUCUACUGCAUUGCCCGGCAUUGAUCACCUUGCGGCUUUCGCUCCCUCCGUAUUUCCACUCUUCGAGUGAGGACGACCAGAUUCUGGACGAGCUAAAGGUCAAGAUGCCUCAGAUCUGUCUGGCGACGCGUCUUUUGGAUCUUGAGCUGUUGGGGAAAUGGCCAGUCUCGGACGAGCUGUUACAGAAGUUGACGCGGAGUAUGACGCGGUUGACGCAGUUGGACAUUGUGAGCUGUCUCGGGUACACGAUUGAGGGUGUUCUGAACCUGAUUGGCAGUCUAGGACAGCUUGAGCGACUGGCGAUCAGCAAGUGGCUGUGCACGCGGCAGCCGGCAUGGAGGCAGGCCAUGCGCGCCCUGAACCCGCGUCUCGACCUACAACAGCAGCCUCGACCUUAUUAUCCUGGUCAGGGACAACCUCCACCACCCCAGCACCCUGGACAGCAAAGUCCAUACGGAGCGCCAGCGAACUCACAACAGCAACAGUACCAACAACAGCAACAGCAGCACCAGCAGCCGCUGAAGCCACCAGGUGGACCCUACGGAAAUGUUCGACCUGGCGGACUUCAACCUGGAACCCAGGCUAUCAGACCUGGACCCGGCCAAAUGAGUCCUGGCGUUCGACCAAUGCCUCCAGGUGCAGGAGCUCCUGCAAGACCACCCAAUGUCGCUCCACCUCACCAGCAGCAACAGCAGCACCCGUAUACAGGAGGUCGUCCCGUUGGACCCCCCGGUGUUAAACCCCCUGCUGGAGUUCGACCACCAUUGAACCAGCAGGUCAGGACGGAUGCUCCACUACAGGCUGGUAUGGCUACCGCUGCUCCCCAUCACCCCAACCCGGCCCACGCUCAAACACCCACACCCAUCACCACCCCAGCGACUCAGUCUCAGUCACCUCCAAGGCCACAGAUGCCUGGCUUCCCGCAUAAUGCUGCCCCACCUCCCGGACAACAACAACAGCCUUAUCAGCAACAACAGUACCCACCUUACUCGCAACAGCAACAACAACAGCAGCAGCAACCUACACCUCCAUUGGCUAAUCAACAAGGGGGAGGGGGACCGAAUGGAUUAAACGCUCAGAUGUCAGCCUUGUCUGUUGGUGCCAAUAACGCUGUGGAUGCACCAGGAUAUAAUCAAAUACCACCACAGGGCCCGCCUAUGCAGGCAGAGGCCGCUAAACCGAAGACUGGAGCAAGAGCAAAGAGAGUAUUCGCGUCAGAUCCAUCUGCUCCAUCUGCCUCUGCGGGAAUGGCCCCACCUCUUCCAGCGAUCCCACAGCCAGGCAUGGAAACUCAAAACUAUGGACAGCAAUUGAACCAAGGCCCUAGCCAACAGCAGCCAGGAUAUCCUCAACAUCAGCAGCCAAAUGCUCCCCACCAACAGCAGCAACAGCAACAGCAACAACCUCCUUACUUGGCUCAGCAGCAGCAACACCAGCAACCGCAUUUGGCUCAUCAACAGCCUCACUUGGCCCAACCACAACAACCACUGUAUGGUCAACAGCAACCCAUGAACCAGUCUCAGCAAUUCCGACCCCAGGCUCCCGUCCAGCCAGCACCAAGGCCCAGGAUUGACCCGGACCAGAUCCCUUCACCAGUGGCUGUUCAGGAGGCGGAUCAAGAAGAAUGGGACCAAAAGCCGUUUGUGACUUCUCUCAGGACCAGCCCUACCCCUCUUGCCAGCACUGACUUUACGGCCAUUGAUGGAGGCAACUGCAACCCUCGGUUCUUCAGGAUGACGACUUACAACCUCCCAAAUACCGAGGAUCUCCUGAACACAUCCCAGCUGCCAAUGGGGCUUGUCAUUCAACCCUUGGCUCAGCUUCGGGCCGAUGAGGCUCCAAUUGAGACUGUGGAUUUUGGAGACGCAGGACCAGCUCGUUGCCGCCGCUGCAACGCCUACAUCAACCCCUACAUGAUUUUCACCAAUGGUGGACAGCGCUUUGUCUGCAACAUGUGUCUCUUUGAGAACGAUGUCGACCCCGGCUACUUUUGCAACCUGGACAUGAACGGUCGUCGUUGUGAUCUGGAUCAGAGACCGGAACUUCGUAACGGCACAAUUGAGUUUGCAGUCCCCAAGGAGUACUGGAACAAGACGCCAGCAGCUGCAGCCUAUGUGUUUGCGAUUGAUGUGUCAUGGAACUCUGUUCAGAGCGGCAUGUUGCACCGCUGUGUGACAGGCAUCAAGGAGGCCAUCUGGGACCCUAACGGAGUUUCAAAACUGGCGCCAGGUGCAAAGAUUGGAUUCUUGACGUACGACAGGACUGUGCACUUUUACAAUCUUUCACCUACGCUGGAGCAGGCCCAGAUGAUGGUCGUUCCUGAUGUUUCGGAUGUGUUUGUUCCUUUGAGUGAAGGUUUCCUUGUCGACCCCCAGACCUCACAGUCGCUCGUUGAAUCAAUGUUGGACAUGCUGCCACAACUCUUUGCAGAGAACAAGAUAACCGAGGCAGUAAUUGGCGCAGUAGUGCAGUCGGUGAGGAUGGCACUCGAGAGCCGUGGAGGAAAACUUAUCGUAUUUCAAACGUCGCUUCCCAUGUCUGGUCCGGGAGCACUCCGACAUCGCGAUGAGCUGAAACUCUAUGGAACGGAAAAGGAAAAAACUCUGUAUGCGCCCCAGGAUGACUUUUACAAAAAACUGGCAGAGAGCUGUGUGGAUGCUGGUUUCUCCAUCGACCUGUUCCUCUUCCCCAAUGCUUAUGUGGACGUCGCGACCCUGGGAUGCUUGUCGACCAUCACUGGAGGAGAGACUCACAUGUUCACCAACUUUAAUGCUGACCGAGACGGAGUCAAGCUGGCUGGAGAGAUCAACAGGCUGGUGACGCGACCCUUUGGAUUUAACGCACUGAUGCGUGUGCGCUGCUCGACUGGUCUGCGUGUCGCAGAACAUUUCGGCAACUUCCACAUGAAGAACAGUACUGACCUCGAGAUCGCUGGACUGGACUCUGAAAAGGCCUACGGAGUUCUUGUGAAGCACGACGGCAAACUGGACGAGAAGACAGAGGCUUCUUUCCAGGUUGCGUUGCUCUACACCACUGCCGAUGGACGGCGCCGCGUCAGAGUGCACAACUUUAGCACACCUGUCACCACAUUGCUGGGCAAUGUCUUCCGUUGGGCAGACAUGGACACCACCAUUAACUUUUUGAGCAAAGGAGCUAUUGCCCAAGCUUUGAGCAAGCCUUUGAACGAAGUCCGCGAAGCACUGACAGACAAGUGCGUCAAGAUCUUGUCCGCCUAUCGCCGAAACUGUGCCUCGUCCACCGCUCCAGGACAGCUUAUCCUUCCAGAGUCGUUCAAGCUGUUCCCUCUGUAUACCCUGUCUCUGCUAAAAUCAAAGACUCUCCGUGGCGGAAGAGACAUCAACAGCGAUCUGCGAGUAUACCAGAUGAGGAUGCUGAAGAGCAUGGGUGUCAGCGAAAGCAUCGUCUUUUUCUAUCCCCGCAUGAUCACAGUACACGCCAUGGACGAGAGGGUUGGAGUGAUGGAUGCAAAUGGAAGGGUUUUCCUCCCACAGCUUGUGCGCGUUUCCUACGCUAGACUCAACUCUGCCGGCGCCUAUAUGCUCGAGAACGGACAGAGGCUGUUCCUCUGGCUGGGCAGAGAGAUCGAUCAGCAGUUUCUGCAGGACGUUUUUGGCGUUCAGACCCUGGAUGAAGUCGAUUCCAGCCUUCGGUUCUUGCCAGAGUUGGAUACACAGACGAGUAGUCAGCUCCGGAUGAUCAGAACAUACAUGCAGGCACAGAGACCCAAGUACCUGGAUCUGACGAUUGUCCGCCAGGGUAAAGACCAGGCAGAGCUUGAUUUCUCGAACCUGCUGGUCGAGGACAAGAACAACGAGGCCAUGUCCUAUGUCGAUUACUUGCCUACCAUCCAUCGCAUGAUCCAGACCGAGGUCACUACACGGCCUCAUGAGGUCCAUACUGGCAUAUGGUCUCAUCGUUAA